AUGUCUGCCUCCGGUUCUCCUGAGCCUAUCGCAGGACCUGCUGUCGGCCGCCCUCGGGCAAAAUCUUUCUGUUAUCCUCACUCUGUUAUCCGUAAUUUGGAUAUCAGUAAUAUCAACGGCGUUCGGGAUGUGAUGCGGGUCAUUUCCCGCUACAACUCCCUCCCAUAUUUCGAAGUUGUACGCGAGGAUCCCCUCGAGAACUCUGGCCUUCCCGCGCAACAGCACGCUGUUGCUAAGCGAAUUAUUAUGGCCAUCCACGCCACAAUUCGCACCCAUCCUCUCUUGUUCCGUGCUGUGGUUCGCUGGUGUUCUUUUUCGGAGAAUACCAAUUAUUUUGUUAAGAAGUCGUGCGGUGAGUUGAACGACUUGGCGGAGGGUAGGGUUUUGUGCGCUCCUACCAGAUUCCCGGACGAGUACCAGGUGGCGCUGGGAAAUUUUGAUCAAAUGGAGGCAAUUCGGGCCACCUUGGUGACCGACGACGACGACGACGAUGACGAUGAUGAUGACGAGGAUGACGAUGACGAGCAUAUGCCUCGUGCAAAGAAAGAGCGCAAGGUACGUGCUUGAUCAUUGUCACCUCAUAUUCAUCAGUAAAACUAACAUCUUCAUUCAUCAGGGGCGAAAUGGAAAGGGUGGUAUCGCAACCAAGUCUCCCACCAAGGCAUCACCACCAAAGAAUGGCGUUGGGAAGAAGAGGGGACCUGUUUCUAUGUUUAAGAGCUGCGAAAAUUGCAAGAAGACCCAUUAUAAGUGCGACAAAGCGCAGCCCACUUGUGGUCGCUGUGCUGCUCGUGGUUGGGAAUGCCGCUCGCAAGUGUUUUCUGGUGCCUCCAAGGCAGUUUUUAAGGAGGAAUAA